CGUCAAGAUGCGUCGGGUCUGAUGAAAGAGCUUCAUAAAUCUCUCCAAGAUUCUACAAAAAGGGUUGAGUAGUUAUGGAGCCUUUAAGGAUGAGAGUAAUAUGGUUGAACAUUCUAUUACAGCUAAAUUUUUCUGUUGUCCUGGCGGGAGUUGAUUGGCCGGUAUUUUUCGAAAAUUUAGGUGCAGUGAACUCUAUACAUAAUAAAUGGGAUCUUACGUUCAGCAUAGAGACAAACUUCCAGGAGUUCGAGCAUAUUCUUGACAACUUUCAACAGGAUGUUCUACAGCUCACACCAACCUUCCCACCAGAGGAUCUCAGUGAGUCUGCUGAGAAAAUUGGAUUUAAGAUAAACACAGAAAGAAAUAUAGACGAUGCUCUCGAAAUCUCUAGAGAAUCAAUUUUUCUACGAGUCAAGGAACACUGGGAGAAAGUUUCCAAGAGUCUUUUGAGAAGGGCAGAUAGUAUGAAGGCAAAGGUUGAGGAUAUAAAGAGUCUUGGGGAUAACAGAGUAGUCAGGCAACAACAGGGGGAAGGAAGAGAGAAGAAGAAAACAACUUGGACGGGAUUAGAAGCCAGGAAUAGAGGAGGGAAGAGAGGAGGAGAGAAGGAUAGAAUGUAUGGUAAAAAGAGAGUUAAACGUCAGUUUGGAGGCCCUGGCCUUCUUCAGUUACUCUUUGGGGUAGCGUAUACAGACAACGUUGAGAAGGUAAAAAGUGAUCUUGAGGACAUUGAACGUAGACUUAACAAAGAUGUCGGAAACCUUGUCAACGAACAGAACAGAGCGACAAAUAAGCUUGAAACAAGAAUAUCAGAUACCGAUGUAAAAGUUGUAAAAGUAGAAGGCAUGACAUCAAAUCUAGAGGCUAAACUUGAAGGUAUGGAGAGAAAUGGGCUGGUUAAAUCUCCAGGAGAAAAUUUAAUGGAUAAAACUACCAUUGUGCUUCAGGAACUAAGUUCACAACUAAGUGAAUGUGAAGUUUAUCUUGCUGAGUUAGAACGGAUUAUACUGACUCUAGCAGGAGGACGGUUACCUCCUGCACUAGUCCCUGCCACCCUACUAAGAACACAUAUAGAGAGGAUCCAACCUCAGCUUCCAUCUGGAUUUUCUCUUCUCUAUCCUCCAACGGAAUCUCUAUGGCCAUACUACUCCGUUCUUCCAACCUCUAUAUAUUUCAGCAAAGAUUUUGAGGACAUGUACGUACAUAUAUCAGUUCCAAUACAGGAUUCUUCAAACGACCUCCAGUUAUACAGGGUACAUAAUUUACCACUCAAGGUCCGCGGUGGAUAUAGUGUGACUGCAGAUAUAAAUACCGAAUACCUUCUUGUCGGUCGGGGUGGAGAAUAUCACUUGGAGCUCAGUAAAGAAGAUUUUCAAGACUGUCAAACUUUUCAGAAGGACGGUCAAAAUUUCUUCUGUGGAUUUAAACCUCUUCUUCAAUCUUCAAAACACCAAACAUGCGUUGUUCAAUUAUUUAACGUAGAGGGAGACGGGGCCAUGUGUCAGAGCAAAGUAACGCAUGGUUUAGUGCAGCCCUUUAACCGGCUCUACAAUGGUUCAUGGGUUUUUGCCGCCCUGUCUUCACAGGUGCCUGUAGUUCUUAUGUGCCCCAACAGUACAACUCCGACCUCACUACUAGGUUUUGGAGUUAUUAACCUUAUGGAAGGAUGUACUCUCUCCUCCCUGGAGUACUUGUAUCCGCAUACAUUUUCCGGAUAUUCAGAUGUAAACCUGUCCCUAGAAAUAGGAGAGGAGAAGGUUACAAACCAUUCUACUGAGACCAGUGAAACUGGGUCUAGUCUCAGUGAACCCGAACCAGGAAUGAAUUCAGGGGAGAAGGGUGAAACAACAACAGAAUAUGAUGUUGAUAAUUCGAGUGGUCUUCAUCAAAUUGAAACCUAUGAUGAUUAUGAGAACGGGUUUGAAACUAUGAUAAUUUCUGCGGUGGUUGCAGAGGAAGAGUCAGAGAGUGAUGGUAACUCAAUAGAUGUAAGUGAGAACUACUAUGAUGGUCCCGACGAUGAAUAUGAGGAUACUACUGAACCCGUUGAGAAAGUUGGUGACGAACCUGCAGAUACUAGCACAGAACCUAGUAACUAUAUAAGCAUUGCACUAGCUGAACCCACGAUGAAUGAAACCAGUUUAAACAGUAGUUUGCUCGGUGUAGUCCUUACAGAUUCAAACAAGACAAAUGAGGAUUCCACAGUUUCCAUAUUCAUUAUAACUAAGGACGAUUUUAGUACAACAGAAGGAUCAUUACUGCCUGUAGAUAAAACCGUCCUUGGUGGAGCAAACUUUGUUGAUCAAGAAGAGCCUGUUCACAGUAUAGACGAAGUGGUGGAGAACGUGUUGAACCUAGUUCCUGAAACUGGAGAAGAGGAAACAACAAUGCAUCAUGAUAUGCUAUUAAAAUUAAAGGACAAGAUCGCCCAAGGAAAGCACUGGAUUAAAGACUAUAAAAUGCGUCUCUAAACGCAUAAAAAGUGCAAAAAGAAACUUUGUAUAAUAUACAGAAAUACAACGAAGAAUUCAUCUAGAAAUUGAAUUUGCUCUAUUUUUUUCUCCAGUGUUUGAUUCCAUUCUGUAUUAGGAAUCUUUUAAAGAAGUGAAACUAAUAUAUCUGCAUAUUUAAAUCUAGUUUGUUAUAAAUAAAAUCUAACUUGUUAAAUCGUAUAGUAAAUAUUAACAAACAAAAAAUAUGAAAUAUCCAACAGUCUGUUUAUAUUUAUGUUUUAUAAAUUAGUUCAGAACAAUUUUAUACGAACAUUUUGUUUCCUAGUCAUUUAGCCAUUUCAGUUUUAUGAUAAAAUUACCAAAAAAAAUAAUUUAUUGAAUAGGAUUAAUUUCAUUUAGUUAGAACAUAUCCGUUAAGAAUUACAAAUUAAUACAUUCAUUUAUAUCAAAUAAUUAAUAAAGCUUUGUCUACCAUAACAUAUUUUAAUAUUUUUAUUUAUUUAUUUAGUCUAAUAAAUUAUAACUAGUUGA